CAAGGAUCUGCGUACGUGCGCGCGCUGGUGAGAGUGGAGACGCCAGUGCUCACGGUGUGUUAUGUUGAGGAUGCUGAAACCCACAAGGACUUUCCAUGAAUUGACAAGUACGUGUGCUGUUAUCGCAUUUUAGCGCAUUCUCGUCGGUUAAACGCAAAUGAUGAACGCCAUGGUGGAGUUGGAACCGGUUGUUUGGAACUUUACGCUCAAAUUAGACAACAGCACGCGCGCUAAUGAGACAGUAGCAGGAUACCCAGCAGAUGAGUAUUAUAACAUUGUUCACGUCACGGAAACCAAAAUUCUCCCUGCAUUUAUUGGAUUUUUGUGCUCAACCGGGCUUGUUGGAAAUAUUCUUGUUUUGGUGACUAUUUUAAGGUCUGCCAAAAAGACAGUGCCAGAUGUGUAUGUGGGGAAUUUGGCUGUGGCCGACCUGGUCCACGUGACGGUCAUGCCGUUCCUGAUUCACCAGUGGGCGCGUGGAGGGCACUGGGUGUUUGGCAGCACGCUCUGCACCAUCAUCACCUCUCUUGAUAACUGCAACCAGGUGGCGUGCGCUGCAGUCAUGACCGCUAUGAGUCUGGACAGAUACCUGGCCCUUGUUCAUCCAUUUCGCCUACUGAGUCUGAGGACCAGAUCCAGGACAAUCCGUAUUAACCUGUUUGUGUGGGCGGCCUCUUUCAUCAUGGUUCUACCUGCCUGGGUUCAUACCAAAGUGAUCCGCUUCAGGGACGGGCUGGAAAGCUGUUCCCUUAACCUGGUCUCUCCCAAAGAAGUGCUCUGGUAUACACUCUACCAGACUGUGACCUCCUUCUUUCUGCCAUUACCUCUCAUUCUCAUCUGCUAUAUACUGAUUCUCUGCUACACCUGGAGAAUGUAUCAAAAGAACAAAAAGGCUCACAGGUAUAACACCAGCCUGCCUCGAGAGCGUGUGGUCCGCCUCACUAAAAUGGUCCUGGUUCUUGUAGCAGUUUUCCUGGUCAGUGUUGGGCCAUACCACAUCCUGCAGCUGGUUAACCUGAGCAUACCUCGCCCCUCCUUAGCUUACCACACCUGCUACUACCUGUCUGUGUGCCUGAGCUACGCCGCCAGCAGCAUAAACCCCUUCAUAUACAUUCUGCUGAGCGGACACUUCCGCCACAGGCUGGUCUGUCGAGAUACACCCAGCAUGCCAAGUGUGGAACGGGAAAUCCAGGCCCCUCGCUCCAGUUUUUAAGCUGAAUUCACACUGAAAUGCACAUACUGUAGCACUGCAAUGAACAAAUCAUUGCACUAGCCUUUGUUGGUAUAGGCAAAGCAUGAUUGUUUUGGAGAAAGAUUCCUGUUCUUUCUUUUCAUUUCUAAUUGUUUUGAA